ACUUUCCGACCUGAAGCUCACCGUCGUCGUGCUUUGACCUCGUUUUUUUCGCUGAGUUCCCAGUUGUCGUGAAAGCACCACAAGAGGCGGAUGUUGAGUAGAUUCAUGAUAAACAGACUAGCUAACGGUUGCCAUCAUUUGACUUCCCUACGAACAGGCUUGGGAUAUAGCUAUCGUCAUCACCCAAUUCCAAUUGUGUGGAAGAGACAACACAUCAGGCUGUUGGACCUGACAGAAGAGCAGGCUCUAUAGGUGGAAACUCCCCACUGUCAUCAGCAGAGUGGCUGAGUGAGUCCAAGGCCAGUGGUGAGUGGAGCUUCUACCCCAGGCCCCCCCCAUCCAAAGGUCCAGCCAGCAUGUCCAGCGACCCCCCUCCUCCCUACCCCGGAGGUCCCAGCGCCCCUCGUAUCGAGGAGAAGAAUGGACAGCCAGCCAUUCCAGGCUCGGUGGUCCCUGUAACGACGGGUCCUCCUCAGGGGCCCUCCCUGCCUCCAGACUAUGGCCCUCCACCCUACGAGGCCACGCUACAGCCAGGCUUCUUGCCGCCACACGUCCCAGGAGAUGGGGCCAUGCCCAUACCACAUGGUGGCUUCUACCCUCUGCCAGGUCACUUUGGUCCAGGGCACUUUGGCCCGGGGCACUAUGGCCCGGGGCCCAUUCAAUUUGGGCCUGUGACAGGUCAGACGGCUCACACGGUGCUGGCACCCCCUGGGACAGCUACCACAGUGACCGUGCUACAGGGGGAGAUAUUCCAGACAGCACCCGUACAGACUGUGUGUCACCACUGCCAGCAGCCCAUCAUCACCCGCAUCAACCACAGCGUGGGCCUCAUGAACGCUGUCUUCUGCCUCUUCUGCUUCUUUGUUGGGUGUGAUCUGGGCUGCUGCUUGAUUCCCUGUCUGAUUGAUGAUCUCAAGGAUGUGAUACACACCUGCCCUUACUGCAAGGGCUACAUCUACACAUACAAGCGUAUCUGCUAACCACCAACAGACAGACACAUGUAUAUAUAUAUAUACACAGUGGGGCAAAAAAGUAUUUAGUCAGCCACCAAUUGUGCAAGUUCUCCCACUUAAAAAGAUGAGAGAGGCCUGUAAUUUUCAUCAUAGGUACACUUCAACUAUGACAGACAAAAUGAGAGAAAAAAUCCAGAAAAUCACAUUGUAGGAUUUUUUAUGAAUUUAUUUGCAAAUUAUGGUGGAAAAUAAGUAUUUGGUCAAUAACAAAAGUUUAUCUCAAUACUUUGUUAUAUACCCUUUGUUGGCAAUGACAGAGGUCAAACGUUUUCUCUAAGUCUUCACAAGGUUUUCACACACUGUUGCUGGUAUUUUGGUCCAUUCCUCCAUGCAGAUCUCCUCUAGAGCAGUGAUGUUUUGGGGCUGUUGCUGGGCAACACGGACUUUCAACUCCCUCCAAAGAUUUUCAAUGGGGUUGAGAUCUGGAGACUGGCUAGGCCACUCCAGGACCUUGAAAUGCUUCUUACGAAGCCACUCCUUCGUUGCCCGGGCGGUGUGUUUGGGAUCCUUGUCAUGCUGAAAGACCCAGCCACGUUUCAUCUUCAAUGCCCUUGCUGAUGGAAGGAGGUUUUCACUCAAAAUAUCACGAUACAUGGCCCCAUUCAUUCUUUCCUUUACACGGAUCAGUCGUCCUGGUCCCUUUGCAGAUAAACAGCCCCAAAGCAUGAUGUUUCCACCCCCAUGCUUCACAGUAGGUAUGGUGUUCUUUGGAUGCAACUCAGCAUUCUUUGUCCUCCAAACACGACAAGUUGAGUUUUUACCAAAAAGUUCUAUUUUGGUUUCAUCUGACCAUAUGACAUUCUCCCAAUCUUCUUCUGGAUCAUCCAAAUGCUCUCUAGCAAACUUCAGACGGGCCUGGACAUGUACUGGCUUAAGCAGGGGGACACGUCUGGCACUGCAGGAUUUGAGUCCCUUGCGGCGUAGUGUGUUACUGAUGGUAGGCUUUGUUACUUUGGUCCCAGCUCUCUGCAGGUCAUUCACUAGGUCCCCCCGUGUGGUUCUGGGAUUUUUGCUCACCGUUCUUGUGAUCAUUUUGACCCCACAGGGUGAGAUCUUGCAUGGAGCCCCAGAUCGAGGGAGAUUAUCAGUGGUCUUGUAUGUCUUCCAUUUCCUAAUAAUUGCUCCCACAGUUGAUUUCUUCAAACCAAGCUGCUUACCUAUUGCAGAUUCAGUCUUCCCAGCCUGGUGCAGGUCUACAAUUUUGUUUCUGGUGUACUUUGACAGCUCUUUGGUCUUGGCCAUAGUGGAGUUUGGAGUGUGACUGUUUGAGGUUGUGGACAGGUGUCUUUUAUACUGAUAACAAGUUCAAACAGGUGCCAUUAAUACAGGUAACGAGUGGAGGACAGAGGAGCCUCUUAAAGAAGAAGUUACAGGUCUGUGAGAGCCAGAAAUCUUGCUUGUUUGUAGGUGACCAAAUACUUACUUUCCACCAUAAUUAGCAAAUAAAUUCAUUAAAAAUCCUACAAUGAUUUUCUGGAUUCCCCCCCCUCAUUUUUUUCUCUGUCAUAGUUGAAGUGUACCUAUGAUGAAAAUUACAGGCCUCAUCUUUUUAAGUGGGAGAACUUGCACAAUUGGUGGCUGACUAAAUACUUUUUUGCCCCACUGUAUCUUAUGCACACAUUAACUCACAGCUCCUCCUGGUUGUAGUUGCAGCCUUUGUUCUUUCUCCAACAUUUGCUCAGUGUGUCGUGCUUAAUUUAGCCCUCCUAACUUUACCCUCACUUUCUAAAGCACUUGUUCACACUCACUAUACUUACUGUAUAUCAAAGGAGGCUGGUGGUUAGGAGCUGUAAGGACAGGCUCAUUGUAAUGGCUGGAAUGGAAUCCAUGGAACGGUGUCCAACACGUUGUCCAUGUGUUCGACUUGUUUGGUACUAUUCCAUUGAUUCCAUUCCAGCCAUUACAAUGAGCUUGUCCUCCUAUAACUCCUCCCACCAGCCACCUCUGAUAUAUAUUGUCUAGACUCACUUACACAAAACAAGAGUUAUCAAACUUAAAAUAAUAAAGCACAUUAAAUGUUGGCUAAGAUGACCUCACAGUUACAGUUGAAACACAGACUACACAUCCCAGAACCACCUACACUUAACAUUACCUACCUAAUAACGCCUAUAAGCCUGCUGGAACAGUAAUGGUCUGACUAGGGCUUGGUGAUAUUUUUAAUAACUAGGGUGCAUUAUGAUGAUGAUUUUUAAUUCCGCUGACACGUCACACAGGACUGAACCUGAUCUAAAAACAGAAACCUAUAACAAUUGAGAAAAGAUGAGUUGCAGACACGGUACAUCUUGCAUACUUUAUAAAAAGGUCUUUGGUUACGGGAAGGCUUUGAAUUUGACAUUUAUGGAGCAAACUUGAGGGGUAGAGAAAGGUCACACUUUGGGAAAGCUGUAAAUAUUUGUCACUUUAAUCAAAAUCGUCAGCAAUCAGCAAUUGCAGGGUCAGUAUGUUUCUGUAAUUAUUUAAUGUAUUUUAACAUGUUAAUAUGGAGCACAAUGAAGGUUACGUCCAUGUCUGAGACCUACUUUAUGUUUAUGUUCUAUCACCUUGUUUGUCCUACAACCUAAAUGUAUAUCCAUUUCAAAUGUUACAAGGAAAUAACCAUGCAUCAGAUUUGUCAGGACAAACUCGAGUCGGUAAGACUGAGUUUAAUUUAUUUCGUUUUUCUCACUUAAGUGAGAGAAGUACGUGUUACUGUCUUUUUUAAUUCUCUCUGUGCUUUAGAUAGUCACCUGAUGUCCAGUGAUUUUUGCUAGAGCUGUUACACAGUAAUGCCAGUCAUGUCCAUAUUAAUGUAUUCAAUUUUGAUAAUGAAGAAAAUGUGUGCUUGUAUAAUGUUAUUGCGACUGCACAAGUUCCCAUGUGAAAUUUCAUACAUUCAUAAAACCAUAAUUGCCAUGACUUUAAUGUACCGUUUUUAUUUAUUUAAGCGGUUUGGACUGUCAUUCAGUUAGAUACUUUAUAGCCUUGCUUGCCAGGCUUCAUUAUCAUUAAGACCCAACUGGUAAGGAGACUAGCUAGUUUUUGUAAGACUUUUGUCAACAACUUGGACUAUAUGUCGUAUUAAGGAUAAUUUACAUGUGGCUUGGUGUCAAAUGAAAUGUCUGAGUGAACCUGAUCUUUACUCAUAAUCCUGUACUUUCCACAAACACAUCACCUGUCACUGAUGCACUGCUACACUGAGCUUCAACAUCCAUGCAGUCACCGAGCACCAUAACCAAGCACAUGUCAGAGGCUGAGAUUUUCUAGUUGAUCUAUCAGUCCACACUGAAAAAACAGGUUUCCUUGUAUUUUUCCGUAUAGGAAGGGAACAGAGCGAAGCCGACCUGGCUGGCAGAGCCCAAUCCGUUCUGCUGGAGGGGCACAUUAGAAUGAUGAAGCGCUCUGCAUGAUAUCACUGUAAUUUUGUGCACUCGUCCACUCUCAGGCCAUAUGUCCAGUCUGUGUCACGAGGCCAAUGUGUGUCAACCUGUGCUGCUGGCCCACACACUACUCUGUCCUGCCCAAUCCAAAACAGAUUAUCCUUUCACUGGUCAUGUCUGUCAGCUGAUGUUCAGAGGAAAUAAUUAAAGUAGAGUGCAUCCAGGGUUUUUCCCUCGGCAGUGUUUUACUACCUUUUUUGAUGUGUUACAUAACUUCUUUAAUGAUAAACAGAAUGUCCUUCACAUUCAACCUCAUCUCAAAAAAAUAAAUAAAUCAUUUUGCAUUUCUGUGCAUAAACCUGCUACAUUAUCUGUUCAAGCAAAGUUAAGGUCUCAAAGCCACAAUCUGCUCUUUCUCUUUAGUGUUCCUUGUCUAGGUUUGAUCACUAUUGCUCUGAUGCAUGUUAGUCUGAGAUGCCAUAGAGAUACAGGUGUACAAAAGCAAGUUCGUCACCAAGUCUUGGCUGAAAUAAUGUAAUCUCGAAUGCAGAUUCAAGUGAUGUUAUCACCUGCUUCAUAUUAACGUAUUCGAUCUAGUCCAAGUACACCAAUGUAUGGUAUGCAAGAUCUUUUGUCUGCUUCAUUUGAGUCUCAUCUCCUCUCAAUACUACCAAUAACCAGCAUGCUUAUAUACAGUAAACACUGACGGCAGGUGGAGUAUGUCUGCAUGUACAUGCAUUCUUUUGGAUACGUUUCACAGGCUGGUCUCUUAACUUUGUACGCUCUUGAAUCGUCUACAUGCAGUGAGAAGUGGCUUGAAGCUGUGUAAGAACAUGUAGUAAAAGCACAGUUUAGGGAUUGUAUUUAACUUUAAGCACAAUGAUGGUCUUUGUUGUUGGUAGAUAGUUUGGUCUGUUGCCCCCUCAACAAAAAUAAAGAAUUGUAUAAUGUA